AGCAAUUGAGGAUGUGACAGGAGUCGGUUUCGAAGCGGGUAAGGAGCUGAGAUUAGGGGCCAAUUCUCACGCGAUUCAUUCGGAACUUGCGACAUCAAUGAUCUUAUUCUGAUCGAGCCAAUCAUAGCUUCUUCUUCGGACGACGUGAGCGUCUAUUUUUGGGGCCUCACAGAGGACUUUACACUUACGAUCUUUUGAAACUGGCUUGAGAGGAGCGGAGGGCGAGGGAGUUCAAGGAUUUGGGGAGCGUUUGAAUGCUGGAAUUCCGGAAUAAACAGGGGACUUGCUUUAGGCAGACGACAAAUUCUGCGAUAGGUAGUCUGCAUUAGGAGCAAGGGCGCGGAAUUGCUAGGGUUUCGAGCGAGUUUCUAGUACGCAAGCUCUUUAUUGAAGCUAGUCAAGUUUUUUCUGUCACUUAGCCUCAGUAUUAAAUCCCACUAGCAAGGACACUCAGGUGCCUACUACCGCACAUCUCAUGACCUACAAACCCAUUUUUUGCGAGAUUUUGGAAAUUCCGCAGUCAUGCAUUUCACCAAGCUGGAUGACUCGCCCAUGUUUAGGAAACAGCUGCAGACCCUUGAGGAAAGUGCGGAGGCAUUGAGGGAGAGGUGUACACGAUUUCACAAGGGGUGCCGCAAAUACACUGAGGGGCUCGAUGAAUCAUAUACUGGUGAUAUUAGCUUCGCAAAUGCAGUGGAGACCUUUGGUGGAGGCCAUGACGAUCCAAUCAGCGUUGCUGUUGGCGGUCCUGUGAUGACAAAAUUCACAAUUGCUUUGAGGGAGAUAGCGACAUAUAAGGAAGUCCUCCGUUCACAGGUGGAGCACAUGCUGGUUGACCGUUUGACACAAUUCGUGAACAUCGAUCUUCAAGAUGUCAAGGAAGUAAGAAAACGAUUUGACAAAGCCAACAUGCACUAUGAUCAGGUGCGAGAGAAGUUCUUGGCCUUGAAGAAGGAUGCUAAGCCAGAAAUAGUGGCGGAGUUUGAGGAGGACUUGCGGAAUGCAAAAUCACAAUUUGAGCAGGCUCGAUUCAAUUUGAUGACAGCACUUACCAAUAGUGAGGCAAAAAAGAAGUUCGAGUUCCUUGAAGCCGUGAGUGGUACAAUGGAUGCACAUCUCAGGUACUUCAAGCAGGGCUAUGAGUUGCUACAUCAAAUGGAACCUUACAUCCAUCAGGUGUUAACAUAUGCUCAACAGUCCAGAGAAAGGGCCAACUACGAGCAAGCAGCACUUGCAGAUCGUAUGCAGGAGUACAGGCAGGAAGUUGAGAGAGAGAGCCAAAGGUCGAUUGAUUUUGACAGCUCUUCUGGAGAUGGUAUUCAAGGUGUUGGCCGCAGUUCACAUAAGAUGAUUGAGGCAGUCAUGCAAUCGACCCCAAAAGGGCAGAUCCAGACUCUUAAGCAGGGAUACCUGUUAAAGCGUUCAACAAAUUUGCGAGGUGACUGGAAGCGGAGGUUUUUUGUGUUGGAUAGCAGAGGAAUGCUGUAUUAUUAUCGGAAACAGUGGGGCAAGCCUACAGACGAGAAAAAUGUAGCACAUCACACUGUGAAUCUGCUGACGUCUACAAUCAAGAUAGACGCAGAACAAUCAGAUCUUCGUUUCUGCUUUCGGAUUAUUUCUCCAGCUAAAAGUUAUACCCUCCAGGCAGAAAAUGCCAUUGACAGAAUGGAUUGGAUGGACAAAAUUACAGGGGUGAUUUCGUCGCUUUUAAACAAUCAAAUAUCUGAGCAGGUUGAUGGCGAAGAUUCAGAUGUAUCAAGAAGUGGCGCUAGUGAUCAAUCUGGGCAUGAAAGACCCCUUGACGUUUUACGCAAGGUGAAAGGAAAUGAUGCUUGUGCCGACUGCGGUGCUGCUGAUCCCGAUUGGGCUUCGCUGAAUCUUGGGAUUCUUCUGUGUAUUGAGUGCUCAGGAGUACACAGAAACAUGAGCGUUCAGAUUUCUAAGGUCCGUUCGUUGACGUUAGAUGUCAAAGUUUGGGAGCCUUCUGUAAUGAGCUAUUUUCAAUCUGUCGGAAACUCCUACGCUAAUUCUAUAUGGGAAGAGCUUUUGAAUCCCAAGUCCUCAGAGGAGUCAAGUGAGAGAAACGUUAAUGACGAGGGACAAUCGGGCGUUUUAAGUGCUAGCAGAGCAAGGCCAAGACCUAGAGACCCCAUACCUAUCAAAGAAAGAUUUAUCAAUGCAAAGUAUGUGGAGAAAAAAUUUGUCCAAAAGUUGAAGGUGGAUUCUCGAGGCCCGUCAGUGACACGGCAGAUCUGGGAUGCUGUCCAGAACAAAAAAGUGCAGCUUGCUCUUCGUCUUCUUAUCACUGCUGAUGCUAACGCCAACACAACCUUCGAGCAAGUAAUGGGUGGUACCGAGUCUUCGUGGUCGUCUCCACUUGCAAGCCUCGCUGGAGCUCUCUUACGAAAGAACUCUCUCAGUGCCUCUCAGAGUGGUCGCAGGAACUGGAGCGUACCUUCACUAUUGUCUUCUCCAGACGAUCCGGGGUCCCGUUCAGGAGCUUUAAGCCCUGUUUCGAGAAGUCCUGAUGCAGCAGGCAGCGGAGGGAUUGAUGAGAAAGAUUUGCGGGGCUGCAGUUUGCUCCAUGUUGCCUGCCAAAUCGGAGAUAUUAGCCUGAUCGAGCUGCUACUUCAAUACGGGGCGCAAAUCAAUUGUGUGGAUACCCUGGGUCGAACUCCUCUUCAUCACUGUGUCUUGUGCGGCAACAAUUCGUGUGCAAAGCUCCUGCUCACAAGAGGGGCGAAGGCGGGUGCCGUAGACAAAGAGGGAAAAACUCCGCUGGAGUGUGCAGUGGAGAAGCUAGGUGCUAUCACGGAUGAAGAAUUGUUCAUAAUGCUUUCUGAAACCAGUAGAUGACACCACAUUUGUGCCUGAGUUGCUUUGUGACGUUGCCAUGUAUUGGAGGGCUAAAGGUGAGGGGAAAGCCAAGCAACAUGUGUUCUUGCAUGAUUGGAACAUUGUAACUAGAAAGGGGAAGCCCCGCGCCGGCAUCGCUCUAAAAAUUCAACGUCAUGGUGGGCGCACCAAUUCAGCUUGCGGUGGUGAGAUAAAAGCUGGUGUCUAAAAAGUGGAAGUCGGAUUCAGAUGUCGGGUGGCUUGUAGCCUCACAGAAUUUCUCACGCACUAGUGUGCGUGCGGUUGUCUGUGUCCGGUUAAUUGUGGUGCCAGAGUCGGUGGUGCCGCCACUGUAGUCAAACAAGAGCAGGAACGCACAAUCGUUUGUAGGCAACGGCGGCAUGUUUUAACUCCUAAAACACCGCUGUGUAGCCUUUCAAACCUCUUGCAUGUACAAUUAGUGAGGGAAACGAAGGAAUUUGACAUUUCUGAA